AUGAUUGAAGACAACAUGGACGAGAUUGCAAAGCUUCUCACCAGGGGCACUGUUGAUGCCCGCGACUCUGCUCCGUUUCACGAGUUUGAGGCUAAGCAGCUUCUCAACGAUUUGGUUAACUUUGGUCAUGCGCUCAACGACGCAAACCAGCUUUUAAUAUCGAAGAAGGCUUCUAUGGAUAAGAUAAAAGACGGUGCAAAGGGCGUACAGCGACAUUUGAGUGGACUGUAG